UGUGAGUGACGUCACGGGGCCGUUUCCGCUGCGGAAGCCGCUGCUGCAUGUAAACAAAGCGGAGUUUCCAGCAGCAGGUCUGAUGGAGAUAAACUCAGUUUAAUCACAGAUAAAGUGAAUACAGUAGAGUUAGUUUUUUACUGAUCCGGAGCUGAGAGUCUGUGUGAUGGAGCUCCGCUGCGACUGAACCGGAACCAGCAACAUGUCCAUGGAAGACCCGUUCUUCGUUGUCAAGGGUGAGGUACAGAAGGCAGUGAACGCAGCUCAGAGCCUCCAUCACAGAUGGAGCGAGCUGCUGCAGGAGGGGGGCGGAGCCUCAAAGGAGGAAAUGGACUGGACGACCAAUGAGCUGAGGAACAGUCUGCGCUCCAUCGAGUGGGACCUGGAGGACCUCGACGAGACCAUCAGUAUCGUUGAGUCCAACCCAAAGAAGUUCAACCUGGACGCAGCUGAGUUGUCGAAGAGGAAAGCCUUCAUCACCAGCACCAGACAGACUGUCAAGGAAAUGAAAGAGCAGAUGUCGAGUCCAGCUGCUGCCUCAGUGGACAGAAAGAACAAACAGGCUCUACUCAGUGAGCGUGGUGCUCAGGGUCCGAUCUGGCAGCCCAGUCCUGAUAAAUACAGCCGACUGGAUCGGCAACUGCAGAAGGCCAACUCUCAGUUUAUAGAGGAGCAGCAGGUCCAGCAGCAGCUGAUAGCGGAGCAGCAGGAUGAACAGCUGGAGCUUGUGUCGGGAACAAUCGGCGUCCUGAAGAACAUGUCUGAGAGGAUCGGCAUGGAGCUGGACGAACAGGCUGUGAUGUUGGACGACUUCAGUCAUGAGGUGGACAACACUCAGUCCAGAUUGGACAACGUCAUGAAGAAAUUGGCCAAAGUGUCUCACAUGACCAGCGAUCGUCGUCAGUGGUGUGCUAUUGGGGUGUUGCUUGCCAUCCUCUUCGUCGUCAUCCUCCUCUUCUUCAUUCUCUGAUUGAUGCCUCCUCCUGUCAGCACAGAACGCGUCUUAAUGCUGUGUCUACAUGACUCUACUGGACUCUACUGGACUUUACAGGUAUCUAAUGGACUUUACAAGACUCUACUGGACUUUACUGAACUCUCCUGGACUCUACUGGACUUUACAAGACUCUACUGGACUUUACUGGGCUCUUCUGGGCUCUACUGGACUUUACAGGUAUCUACUGGACUUUACAAGACUCUACUGGACUUUACUGAACUCUCCUGGACUCUACUGGACUUUACAAGACUCUAAUGGACUUUACUGAACUCUCCUGGACUCUACUGGACUUUACAGGUAUCUACUGGACUUUACUGGGCUCUUCUGGGCUCUGGUGGUUCACUUUGUCAGAAACAAUGAAACAAAAAUUCAAAAAGCAAAAACCCGUCAGUCCAGAUUAGUCUUGAUUCUGAGACCGCUGGACUGAAGACGUGUAGGACAAUAAAGCCACGUUUCCACCAAACACUUCGGUCUAGUACCCUUGAAACCCGUACCUAACCCAUACCUACACGUACCUGAACCACCUGAAACCUAGAUCUGUUUUGCGUUUCCACCGCAGACAGUACUCUUAAGUGCAGGCAGGGUUGUUACCGGGGCUUCGGGUCUCGCCCCCUUCACUUUUCUAGCAGUUGGGAAACAACAGACAGACUUUUCUUGGUCGUGAAAAGCUGUUGCAUUUGUUAACUGACACACUGUGACCUUCGCUGUAAAUUAACUGCCAGAUUGACAACUUACUGCUCCAUUCACCGUCACCUUUCUGCUGCUCGCUCAACCACACACAUUACGCACUGAGCUAUGCUAGUGCCACAGUGGAGGGCAUCUAAUGUUCCUUCUUCUUUCUUCUCGGUAUGUGGUCGUUUAUCAACAAGGAGACAAGCUUUGUUAGAGAAAAGGCUGCAGGCAGCAAGACAAAAGACUGCUGCAAAGAACCGGAGUGUGGGAAAUCCUACAGCAGACGACCGGUUGCUCCGAUUCUCUCUGACCAAUCAGUGGUCUGCAGAGUUUUAACUCCACCUUUUAGUAUCGGCUCAGCUCGCUUGGAACCUCAACAGAGGGGUAACGGAAAAAAAACGCCGCAACGUUUGCCAACGGAAACGUGGAAAUAACCGUUCUAACGUGUACCGAACUGAGCUGAACUGGACUGCUUGGUGGAAACGCGGCUAAAGACUCUGGAAGUGAAGCAUUCUGGGAUUUGAUGUUAUUAAAUUCUGGGUGACGUCCACCUCCAUCAGAAAACCUCCUCAUGUAUAGACCUACACCUGAGGACAGGUAACACACCUGAGGAGUCAGAGAGCAAUCAGCCAAUCAGGCUCCUGGAAAAACAGGAGACUGAAAACUUAAAGGACACCAUCAGUAUUUAAUAUAGAUUAACAUCAACACAACAGUUAAACUCCAGUUCACAGCAGAUAAUCUCUCCAUUCGAGUGAAACUGAACUUGUUUUUAUUGAGUCUGUGUGAAGCAAAAAUCAUCUUUUCUCUCAAUUAAAAUUAAAUAAAAUAAGAACUUUAUCAACUGUUUAAAAUCGGGAAACCAAAAGCUUUUUGGUCAGCUUGAACCAGUUACUGGACUCUACUGGACUCUGAUAUCACAGACAGAUUUUACUGAACCACACUGUGUGUACAAGACUUUACAGGACUCUACUGGUUUCUACUGGACUCUACUGGACUCUACUGGACUCUGAUAUCACAGACAGAUUUUACUGAACCACACUGUGUGUACAAGACUUUACAGGACUCUACUGGUUUCUACUGGACUCUACUGGACUCUACUGGACUCUGAUAUCACAGACAGAUUUUACUGAACCACACUGUGUGUACAAGACUUUACAGGACUCUACUGGUUUCUACUGGACUCUACUGGACGCUCUCUUCCCUCUGAGUGGGACUGAAAAGGCACUUUGGUUCUUUGAGUGUUUGACUGUUAAAAUCAUCGCAGAGGUCAAAGGUCAAACCAGGUGGAAACAUGAUUGAUGUGUUUUAAUGUUUCAUGUUUUAAAAAAAUAAUUGUGUUUUUUGGAUGUUUUAUUUAAAGGGCUGAAAAUAACCAUCUCAACUCCAGGUUAAUCCCAGUUUAACUCCACUUUAACUUCAGUCUAAUUACUACUUUAAAAACACUUUAACUCUGAUUUUAAUAUCUAUAUCUAUAUAUAUAUAGAUAGAUAUAGAUAUAAUAUAGUUUUACUCCUUUUAGACUCUUAAAUCCACUUGAAUGCAACGUUUAACCCCAGUUUUACUGCAGUUUAACUCUGUUUUAACUCCAGUUAAGCUCCAGUUUAAUUUCAAGUUAAGUGCAAUGCUAACUUCAGCUUUUCUCCCUUUAAACCCAGUUUCAUUCUCAACUUGAAUUCCAGUUUUAACUCUGUGUUAACACCAGUUUAACCCUGGUUUACUGGUUUAAUCCUGAGUGGUGUACUACGAAGCAAGUUUGACAUAGCCAGGCUUUCUUUGCGUUAGCUGGUUCGACAAAACCUAAAACUCCAGUCAGCGCGUCACGACGGUGGUUAUCAACUUUCUUUGUUAACCCAGGUUUUCUUCGCCAGGCUCUGUGCGCGUUCCCACUAAAGGCUCGUCAUUUGACUCUUCUUCCACACAAAGUGGACCGAUCACGUGCCGCCUACUUCAGUCAAGAGGAACAGGCCGUUUUAAUUGAAAGCUAUGAAGAAUAUAAAAAAUAUUAAAGCCACACUGUUAAUAAGGCAAGAGGGAGAUGCUGGCAGGAAAUAGCUAAUCGUUUAAAUUGGUGAGUUAAUAUAUUUUACCACUUACCUCCCGUUUAUUUCGAACUGCACAUUCUCUUACACGUUACUCUCGAUACAUUUAAACAUUAAACUCAAGAUUUGCAUUUAGGUCUGACACUGUCCCAUGCGGAAGGAUACAUGGAAAUCACUUAAGUUUUUGGUUAAAUCAAAUUGAAAAGAAUUUUAUUGAUUGAAUAUUAUCUGUGAUAAAUACCAAUAGACUAAGUGGUCGGUGUUACAUUGUGCAGUAUAAGUUCCUUCCUGACACUGAAAGCUGUGGCUGCAGGCUCAACACACCUGGCCAACCCUUUAAUGUUGCUUCGUACUACACCGAGGUUGGAGCUCGGUGAUGGUUUGUGGAAAGAAAAUAAUCUUUUGAAAAAAUAAUGUUAAUUAACACUAAAACUUCCUGUUUCUGUUGUUUUUGUGAUUUUUCUGUUUACAGUUUGUGUUUUUGUUUUAUGAUUUUAAGUGACUGAAUGCAUCACUGAUAUUUUAUUUUUUAUUGUUUCCUCUAAUAGUUUGUUUUACUUUACUUUAUUUUUGUUUCCUGUAUAUAAUUCAAAGCAGACACUUCCUGCUGCUGCUUCAUAAUAAAAACCUUUCUCCGGUGUGAAGCAGAAGCAGGAAGUGCAGUCUUGAAGGUUAGCGUGCGAGGUAACUGCUUGUUUGAUAUAAAUUGGUUGAAAUCAGGUAACAGGUGAGCUGUAAGGCGAAGCAGCCAAUCACACCAUCAGGUUUACCGCAUGGCGGUGAAAUUUACACGUCUGCAGGUGAUGAAAUGUUGUGAAAAGUUCAAAUAUUUCCUGUUACUGUUUUAAUAAAAUAAAACCACAGUGUUCAUAACUCUGACUGAUGGACAGAAACAUACAGAAUUACAGGUUAUAAGUCAUAAGUAAUGUUUAAUCUGUUUAUUCUCUUGACAUGUUUUAACACUAACUUCAUAAAUCUAUCCAGUCGUUUUCCAACAAAUUUCACAAAAUAAUUCAGUAUUUUCUGCAUUUUUAUUUCAUGAAAUGUCAGAUUUCACCUUUGAUUAGUCUUAAUACGUUUUCUGUUAGAUUGAACAGUUUUUUUAUUCAUAAAUUAAGCAGAAAUUUUUCCUUCAGCUUCAACUGAUUUAUUCAGUGUCUUUAAUUUGAAAAUAAAUCCAUGUUUUAGUUUAGUUUUGACUUUAGUUUUGGAAACAAAACCAACAUGGAGCCCUAAAAUAAUAAUAAUAAUGAUAAUAAUAAUAAUAAUGGUCAAAAUAAUGAUAAUAGCCACUGUGUGUUUUGCUGACACAUCAUGAAUCAGACCAGCAGAACAGAUCAGUGACUAAACUACAGCUGAAUGAAGACGUUUAGUUUGAAGUUAAACUAUUUAAACUGUGUUAUUGAUCAGUUUAGUUAAACUGUAUUAUUAAUCGGUGAAUGAAAACGUCGUCUGUCAUUAUUUUGUUUGUUGUUGAUAUCAGCAGCUGAGUGAAGUUUUUAUGUCUGCAGGUGAAUUUUAUUUCAAUGAACGGAUUCAGAAAAUAAAAACAGACUGAUCUUUAAAA